AUGAUCGUUGCCCGGGCAAGCACCGAAGCACCUGGUGAGGGAAUCAUUGGAGCAGUAGCUACACACGUCCAGCAGUCUGUUCCCGGGUCAGACGCCGAGGCUGUUGAUUACCCUGCUACGCUCACCGAUUAUCUCAAUUCUGAGGCGUCGGGGGUUGCCGCCAUGACGAAGCUGAUCCAGUCAUAUGUUGCAAGGUGCCCAAACUCGAAGAUUGCUUUGUUGGGAUACUCACAGGGUGCUCAAGUAGUAGGCGAUGUCCUUUGCGGCACUGGUGAAAAGUUCUUCAACAGGACAUCAGCCCUCUCAGGCUCGCUCUCAAAAAACAUCGUUGCCGUAGUGCAAAUGGGCGAUCCGUCCCAUGUCCCCGGUCUCCCGCAAGAUGUGGGAAAUAGCACCAAAGCUGGUAUAUUUCCACGCAACAACACUGCCUCUUGUGCGAGCAUGGCGAGCAUGACGCAGUCGUACUGCAAUGCCAACGAUACGUUUUGUGACAGUGGGAGCAGUAUACCGGUUCAUCUCAGCUACGUGAAGGUGUAUGGGACCCAGGCGGCAAAGUUCAUCGUUGAUAAGGUUGGGACGAGUAAUGGGACCAGCACCGGGACAACGAACGGGAAUGCAACGCCGACUGGGACACCAAAAGCUAAUGAAGGUGGUGCAACGAGGUGA